AUGCCAGUCCGUUGGCCACGCAUGAUGCACAGCCAGUACACAGAGGUGGACGGCUCGUUUAUGCAUAAUUCAUGUGCGCCAAGACGGAAAAACCAUUGACAAGCGAACCGCGUAAGGAAAAUCAUGGCCGAAACGAUGGUUGCAUAGUCAAGGAGAAUGCGUUUUUCUUUUUCUCUCGGCUCGCUGGAAGAUCUGGCCGCAUCAUCCCUGCUUCUCCUAUAGGAGAAGGAGCAAUUCAUCAUCCAAUUCAUUCUCGCUCCAAAAAAAGAUAUUAAAGAAACCCUGAAAUAAGGGAUUGGUAUUUUCACAAGGUGUGGUUAUUUUUUGUUAGUUUCUGAGAUCGGCAGUUCGAGAAAUCAUCUGUUGGUUAUUUCUCAGGGACGACAGAUCAGAGACGUAUAGCACCACUCGUGUUGUUUGCGUAGCGGUUCGGACUCUAGAUACAGUCGUGUAUACACAAACACACGCGACGAAAGCUAAGGUGGCAACAAGAUGGCGAAGCGGCAUCUCCUGUCCGCCGACAUUCCGUGCCUUACGACCGUCGCCGUCUUGGCCGCCGUCCUGCUCCUUGCUGCUCUCCAAUCCACGGCCGACGGGAUCUCGGAUGAACUGAUCGCCAGAUGGAAGGAAGAGGCUAGGAGGCAGCAGCAGCAGCAGGAACAAAACGGCAAGUUUGACGAGCGAGACUUGGGCAUCAUGACCAUGAAUAUGGAGGUAGAAUACUCCCCAACAUCAAAAGAGGGUGACGCAGCGGAAGGCAGUAUAGUUUCUUGUUUAAACCGACGCCUUUCUGAUGACGAUGGAGAAAUUCACGUCGUUGGCUUCAAGCCCGAAUCAAGUGACGCUAAUGUGGAUAAGAUCGUUCUGUACGGCUGUCCGCAACUGGCCCCCGGACUUACUGACAAAACUUGCAUAGACGGGUGCCUGGGCCCCUCCAUCAUUUUGUAUGAGUGGGAGCGGGACGGGUGUCCAGACUUCCCGUCCAAGGGAGAGGUUAUCUCGGUUGGCGGACCGUUGCUCAUCCACGAAAUAGUCUUGGAGGUGCAGCACAGGAAAGGUGCCGAUGUCUCCUCUGGACUUACUAUGAAGAUUAUCCCUGAUUCAUAUGUGCGCUCGGAUAAGACAGUGGAGAAGCUGAUCGCCUACUACGAGACUCAGCCGGGGUACGAACCGUGCGAUGAGGACAUCAAGGAGGAGAUACCGGCUGAUGAUGUUGGGCCUGAGAAUGCUAUCAUCCCCGAGGAAGCAUAUGAGGGCGACUACAGAUACGCAAGGGCCUACCCCGGGCCGGCUGAGGGGGCCUUCGACACCAACGCCUUGGAGCCCGAAGAAUGGUGGCCGAGGGAGGCACUUCGCAUGGGCCAGGUUGCUGGCGUCGCUACCGACCAGCAUGGCUUGGUCUACGCCUUCCAGCGCGGCGAAAGACGCUGGCUGCAAAGUGAUUUCGACAACAACCACGUGUUCAAGAAACGUAAGCGGGCUAUUCAACACGACGUGGUUCUCAUGAUGGAUCCGCAUAGCGGAUACGUGCUGGAUUCGUGGGGAGCAGGGAGAUUCUUCAUGCCGCACGGUAUCACCAUAGACCAUGAGGGUAACAUGUGGCUGACCGACGUGGCUUUGCAUCAGGUGUUUAAGUUCCCCGCCGACAUACGGGAGAGAAUGAAGCCCAGUCUGGUGCUGGGCAAACGGUUCCAGCCCGGCUCGGACUGGAAGCAUUUCUGCCAGCCCACCGACGUGGCCGUGGACAGCAAGACCGGGAACUUCUUCGUUGCUGACGGGUAUUGCAACAGCCGCGUCUUGAAGUUCGCUCCGAAUGGAUCUGUGCUCAUGGAAAUAACUGCACCUUCCAACCCAGACCAACCGGAUGAACUGAGGACGUUCGAUAUCCCCCACAGCCUGGCCCUGGCGGAAAAACGCCAGUUGCUGUGCGUGGCGGAUCGUGAACACGGCCGCAUCCUGUGCUUCAACAGCACGACGGGGGAGUACGACCGGCAAAUUGCAAGCGAGGACUUCGGCGGUAGGGUGUUCGCUAUCGCUUACGAUGAUGAAGAAGAUGUACUGUAUGCAGUGAACGGUCCUACAGACGAUGAGUACUACCCAACUCAGGGCUUCACUAUCGAUUUGGAUAGUGGAAGAAUACUGUCUACCUGGAAUCGUCCAGCCAGCGAUCAAGAGCAAUUCGUGGAGCCCCACGACCUCGCUGUCUAUUCAGGAGCCGUCUACGUGGCCGACGUUGGGGCGAAUCGGGUCUGGAAGUUCUGGGACGAGGCUACACCUAGCAACGAAGUCUGGCAGAACACGCCGUGGAAAAAUUAAACAGAUCGCAAACGGGACACUCACUAGAAUCUCAUUAGGUUGUGGUUGUUGUUAAUAUUGUUUCAUGAAUUGCAAACCUUUUAAUAAUGUACGAGUCUCGGUCUGUUUGUAUUACAAAGCUAAAUGUUUUUGAAUAAGUAGUAUAGUACGAGCAAAAUACACCCCAAUUGGUGGAGUGUGAUAGUUUUGACUAUUAUUUCAAGACAGCACAAUAUCCGGGAUUGUCGGGUCAAGCUUAUGGUCGUCUACGGUUUGUUGCCGAGUUAAAAAACAUACAAUACGUAGUGUCCAGAGUCAUAUUAUAGGCUAAAUUAAACCAAAUAAUAGAGUCACUAUGCGGGGCCCAAAUGAGGCAAAUGCAUAAAGAAGUCAUUCUCGGCUUCCUAGAACAAAUGAUGAAAGCAAUUCCUAAAACUGAAGACGCAGAUAGAAAAAUCUACCUUCAACGGUACCAUAAGACUUUGAAUGAGUAAAUACCGAAUAUUGUAAUAAAGAAGCCACAAAGAUAAUUUGUUUCUAAAUCGCAGACAUUGUGAAAAGUGGUUUGGAGAGAUAUAAUGAAAUGUAUGUUAUGUAAUAAUAAUAGAAUAAACACUGCAGAAAUUACUUUAAAAUUAUCUUUUUGGUUGGGAUGAAAAGCAAAAUCAAAUAUGGAUUAUUUGUUCUAUAAUUAGCAGAGGGGAAAAUUAAGAGAAAGGAAUAAAUUAAAUGCAUGUUAUGUAAAAUAUGAAUUAGUUAAAUAUAAUUUUGUGUAAAAGGAGAGUGAGAUAACCAUUGGAAGAGAAGAAAAGAAAGUAAAAAAUAUAUAAUAAAAACAAGUAGAAAGUGUGUUCUUACAAAGCUAGCACCUUGAGUUAGAUACAUUUUUUAGUAAAGUCUUAUGAAAUUGUCCAUUCUUAUUUUCCAAAGUAUUAUGACUGUGUUUUGGUAACGAGAGAUAAAAACGAAUAUUAAUCCAUAUUGGUUUCAAAACGUCAUAUUCAGGGAUUGGCUUGGCUUUAAAUACCGAGUCGCUAUACGUGGUUUUCUUGAUCAUAAAAUCAAAAUAGUUAGACAGCAAAGUUUUAUUUUUGUGUGUUUAUGUAUAGUUAAUUGCAAAAACAAAAUCCCAUCUUAUGUACAGAAAGAUGAUGUCUUAGCAAAAAUGUAUUUGAAGUACACGGCUAAAUGAAAUUAUAAUGUGUCAUGUAUAUUGGUGUACAUACCAGAUGAAAUUUGAGACGAAUUAUGAUGUACGUACUUCAAAGAGAAAAUAAAAAUACUCCGUUGAAGCAAAUAGAACCUAA